CCUCCCUUUUUUUUUGUUUCUUUGGACUGAUCGUGUUUCUUUCCAUCUUUAUUUAUCUUGUUUAAUCCACAUCAUGAAGGAAACACACCCAGACUCUCCCCCGCUGGAGGAGAAGAUCGAAUAUAAUGUGUAUCGCGACAAUGCAAGCUCGUUUAACGAUGACAAGCAAGUCGUGGUGGAUGACACACCUAUCGGCCAGCAAUUUGUCGAAGAAUUCCACUUUACUUGGCGCGCAUCCAUUGUGGGUUCACUGCUGGGUUGUCUUGUAGCUGCAUCCAACACUUACCUCGGUUUAAAGAUCGGUUGGACGUUUGGUGCAUCCUUGUUUGGUGCUAUUUUCUCGUUUGCUAUCAUCAAACCCAUGUCGCGUGCCCUUCCUCCUCGCUGGGGCGGAGGCUACUUUGGUCCCAAAGAAAAUUGUAGCGCUCAAUCAGCAGCCACUACUGCAGGCGGUCUUUCUGCUGGUUUUGUGUCCGGUAUUCCUGCCAUGUAUAAGCUUGGCCUUAUGACCACUCCUCGUGAAGAUAUCGUCCCGCUUUUGCUCUUUACCAUUUCCGCCGCCUUUUAUGGUUUAUUCUUUGCCGUUCCCCUUCGUAGCCACUUUGUCGUCAAGCAGGACUUGACGUUCCCUACCCCCCGUGCCGCCGCCACCAGUAUCAUCUCCCUUCACAGUACCGCUGAAGGUGAACGUGAAGCCAUGAAGAAAGCCAAAUGGAUGGGUAUCUGGUUCUUUGUCUCGUUUAUCUGGUCCUUGAUCUCCUACUGGGUUCCCUUCUUUGAUACCAUUCACAUCCUCUGGUGGAUUGGUCACAGUGCUGGUUAUGAGCCUUUGAUGAGUGCUGAUGAUGCGUGGGGAUGGAGUUUCAAAUUCGAUUAUCCUUUCUUUGGUGCUGGUCUCAUGACGCCCGGUUCCACCGUUAUUCCUUUCUUCGUUGCUACCUUGAUGAUCUACGGUGUCAUCGGUCCUGUCUUGGUGGGCAAGGGCAGCUUUGUCAAACCCUAUGGUUUCACCGAUCUGGGUGACACUACCAAUUCGUUCUUCUUGUGGCCCGGUAUUGCCUUGAUGGUUCUCUCCACUUUCACCGAAUUGAUGGUGCGUUAUCAAGUCCUCUGGCGUGGUAUCAAGGGUGGCGUGAUUGAAAUGAAGGAUUUGACGGUCCGUGGUGUCCAGCAAGCCAAGCGCAUCGUGUUGCGUCAAAAGGUCGAAGAACGUGAAAAGUUGAAGAAGGACGUUGAUGCCGAUGAAAUUUAUCGACCGGACCAAUUGAUUCCCGCAUGGUGGUGGGUCUUGGGUGUCUUCCUUUCCGUCAUUUUCACUUGCGCUAUCAUGGGUGAAUACUUUGGCAUGCCUGUCUAUCAAUCUAUUCUCGCCGUGUUCCUCGGUUUCAUCCUUUCCUUUGUCGGUAUCCAGGCGGCUGGUGAGACGGAUAUCAACCCUACUGGCAGUAUUGGUAAAAUGUCCCAGCUCGUGUUUGCUAGAAUGCCUGCCGAAUCACUUCAAGCGGUGCAAAAGAACAAUUUGAUGGCCGGUAACAUUUCUGCUUCGGCCGCUUCUCAGGCUGUUGACAUGGUCGGUGAUUUGAAGACGGGUCAAUUGGUUGGUGCUUCGCCUCGUUCUCAGUUCUGGGCUCAAUUUGUCGCUUCCUUCUUUGCUAUUGCUAUUGCCGUGGGUCUCUUUGUCCUGUUCGCCGAUGCUUAUCCCUGUAUUACCGAUCCCGACCUUGAUGCCGAGUGUGAAUUUGGUCUCGUCGCUGUCAAGACAUGGUACAGUGUCACCAAGUUGCUUACCGGUAGCUCCGAACCUUUGUCCAAGGCCUGUAUCAUUGUCACCAUUAUCUGUGCCAUUAUUGGUGUCGCCGCUCCUGCCAUCCGUUUCUUCCUUGUCCCCGAAAAAUACCAUCGUUUCUAUCCUUCGGCUUCCGCCGUUGGUAUUGCCAUGAUCAACACUUCUCCCCAGGUUCCUUUGGCUAUGUUGACUGGCUGGAUUGCUUCCAAGAUCUGGAAACGUGUCAACCGCAAGAGUUGGGACAAUUUCAUGUACAGUGCUGCAGGUGGUAUGAUUGCUGGUCAAGGUAUUUCAGCUAUUCUUCAAGCUGUAUUCAAAAUCGCAAAGAUCCCUCCUUAUGUCGUGACCGCCUCGUGUAUCGCUGGUGAACUGAAAAACUGUCCUUAA